GCACCAGCGCUCGCCCUUGUCGGCGUCGGCGUGCGCACCGUCUCCUUCCUCCGCAUGAAGGUAUACUCGGCCGGCUUUUACGUCGACGACUACACGCUCAAGCGCCUUGGAGGCUUGCCGGGUUGGGCAGGGUACACGCCGGCGGCACUGCAGGGGCCCGAUGCCGAAGCGCUCAUCCAGUCGGUUCUGGACGCGCCAGCAGCGUGCGCCGUGAACGUUAGUGAGUCCGAUCAGGCCGGCAGCAUUCCACUGCUCUGGUGCUCUGCGUUGCAGCUGUACGUUCCCGUCCGCAACACUGACUUCGGUCACCUGCGUGACGGCCUAACUCGCACCCUCGUUGGGCGGCAGAAGAUGGCCAGGCACCGUGGCGAGCUGACAGCCGAAGACGAUGAGCGCCUCGCCGGGGCCAUGCAGCAGUUCAAGGCCAUUUUCCCAGGUGGCUCGGUGCCCAAAGGCAAGAGCCUCGUGCUCGUCCGCUCUGCCGAUGGCCAUCUGCACGUUGAAUACGAGGGCCGCGUGCUCGGCAAGGUCGCUGACAAGUGGAUGGCCGACAACCUCAUCAAGGCCUACUUCAACACGGCCGCUCCCAUCUCGCCUCCGCUUCGCGACUCCGUCGCUGAGGGGUUCGCCACGUACGUGUGA